AUGUGGAAUCAGUUACGAGAUUUAGAAAAUUCUCAAAUGGAAAACACUAAUAGAAAAAUGAUUUCAACCAAUUAUAGAAAGUACCGAAGUUUUAUUUUCAUAUUUAUAAUAAUGAUUACAUGCUUCGGUUUGAUAAUUUCUUAUUUUGCCUUAACUGAAGAACCGGAAGAUUUCGAGCUAAAUUGCAACGAUUUAAAUGAUAAAUGCGUAAACUAUAAAUACCCAAAUUUUAAGCCUAGCCGAUUAGCAGUUGUUGAUGUUAAUCUUCGAAAUAAAAAUAUUAUCUUGAGAAGUAAUAUGCCCCUAUUUAAUGGUGUAUUUUCAGAGGAAAUGCUUAGAAAAGAAGUUAAACAUAUUAUGGAAAAAUCAAACUUAGAAUAUAAUGAUAAAAUGGAUAUUAAUAUUAUAUCUUUUUUAAGAAAUAAUUCAUAUGAGGGUUGUUGUUAUACUAUUGAAAGGUGUAAUAUAAAUAAUAUCAACAUCACGAAUUAUAAUUUAUUAGGAACUCAUAUAAACCCUUACGAAGUCGACUCUAAAAUACGAGAUAAAGAGCUAGCUACACUAAACUGGGACAGUGAUAACUUAAUAGAAAGAGUAACCGAUUUAAGCAAUAAAUUUAAUACCUUGAAAAAUACAAUUUUUUUUAUACAUUGUAGACAUGGUAGAGAUCGUACUGGUGAAUUUGUUGGGGCAUAUAGAAUGCUUAUAAAAAAAGAUAAAUUUAUUGAUGUUAUAAAAUCGAAUGAACAAAUGGGUAUAGGAAGUACAAACGUUUAUGUUGAAAUGGAAAAAUGGUUAUGUUUAUAUUUGGAAAAAGUUAUGGGAUAUAGUGAUAUAGGAUGUUUCAAUCUUGUUUAUAAUAAAUAA